UAUGGUUGGAUCUUUGGCAAGUUGCAUCACGCGUCGAUGCCUGGCUAGCAAGCUGGUUGCAAUGCAGCUUUUCAGUCCUCCAAUGCCUCUGGAAUGUACUAUUACAGUGAAUCUCACAUCCAUUCAAUAUGAGACCCUGUCUGUGGAUACUAAAGCCCUGCGUUUCUCAAGUCGCAUUAGAAUUGACAUGGAAUGGAAGGACCCAGACCUUGCAUGGACCGAUACAGAGUACACAUUUACAGAAAUUAUGCUGCCAGUUGACAAAAUCUGGACUCCUGAUCUAACUGUAGACAAUGCAAUCGAAACAGAUGUGAAGCCUGUCUCUACUGAUAUACUGGUGAGACGUGACGGCACUGUGCAACAUGCUAUCCAAUUGUAUACUACCGUGGUGUGUGGAAUCAACCUUUUUAACUACCCUUUUGUACUGGAUGCAUGCCCAGUAGCCCUUAAUGGAUGGAGAGAAAACAGUUGUGGCCUACGUUUCCUCUAUGGGAACGUAUCUUCAGUGGGAGCAAGGCGAGGUGAAUGGGUAACUAUGUCAGUGGAGCUACAUCAGAACAAACAAAACCUGGACCGCAACUAUCUCUAUGUCACUAUGUCCACCAACCCAUUCAACACAAUAGUGACGCUCAUUCUCCCCAGUGUGCUCAUCAUGUUAGCUGAUCUGGGGAGCUUUGCUCUGCCACUGGAUGGUGGAAAACGCAGCUCCUUUAAAAUCACUCUGGUGCUCAGCUUUACUAUGUCCCUGCUCAUCCUCACUGAGCACCUGCCCGACACCGGCCUCUGCAGCCCCCUGAUCCGUUAUCACUUUUGUUUCUGCUUGAUCAUUUUGGUUAUGAGCUUGCUGUCAUCCAUGGUGCUCUCACAUUUUGCGGACAGUGGCGCCAUCUUGUCCUGCAGGCGCCCAAAACCAUGUGAAUUAAGCAACACCGGUGGCAAAGAUGAGAUCAAAAAGGAUAUAAACCUGAAUGGUGUGUCUACAAUCUCAACUGAUGUGACUACCAAGGAUGUGUCGAUCCAGAAGAUUGUGACUUUCAUGGAGAACGUAGAGAAGACAAAUAAAGAGAAAAAGAAGAGGCAUGAAUAUGCAAAUCGGUUUGACAGAGUCUGCUUCAGGGCCUACCUUUGCCUUGACAUUGUUUAUGUCCUUUGUGUAAUUGGUAUCACCAGAACAGAAUUUUGUAAAAUUAACAAUCUGGAUUUCUGGAUUUAAUAUACUAUUGAUGAGUUCAUGAAGAAUAAUAGACAUUAUUGAAAAAGGAUUUGGGCGAGUUGGGGGUUAUGACUUGUUGAUCAUAUAUAUCUUGAUCAUCUCUAGUGGAUUUGAAUUCAUGUUUAAAGCAACUUUAACAAGGGGUUGUAAAAGACUUUUCAGUUUCACUGGGUUCCCAGUGCCUGAAUAUAGAGCAUCAACAAGCUGUAUUCUUUGUAGAAGCAGGUCUUGUGACUAAAACCUGGUUUCUUGAGGUCUAGCCACUAGCCUUUAUACAGAUAUUACCAUAGGAAUAUAUUAUAUUUUGUUGCUAAAGGUAUACUUUCUAACAAUGCUGAUUCUUAUAAAUUCUAGGUUUUUUUUUUGCUUAUUAUCAAAGGAGACACUUAGCUCCUGGUUGUGUUGAGGGACAAAACCUAUAAAAACAUGCUCUGAAAUUCAAAAACCUAUAAACACAUGCUCUGAAAAUAGCAAAAAACCUAUAAACACAUGUUCUGAAAAUUGCAAAAAACCUAUAAACACAUGUUCUGAAAAUUUCAGUUUCACUCUGUCAAUGAAAAUGAAAAGCUGAACCUUACUCAUAUAUGCAAAGAAAUAUCCCACAGAUAUUACCGUAGAUAUAUAUUAUAUUUUUUUGCUAAAUGUAUCAUUGUAUACAUCCUGUUUAUUAGGUAAAUGUAUCUAUGCAUAAUGUAUUUGCUAAAUGGAUCUAUGCAUCCUAUUUCCUAUAAUUUCAACAUUCAAAAUGAUGUACAAAUUGAAGACUAAUAAAUAAUU